AUGGAUAUUUCGAAGCCGGUUGGUUCUGAGAUCACCUCGGUGGACUUCGGCGUUUUGACUGCCCACGAGAUCCGCAACUUGUCUGCUAAGCAGAUCACCAACCCCACCGUCUUGGAUAACCUGGGUCAUCCCAUCUCCGGUGGUUUGUACGACCUGUCGCUUGGUGCGUUCCUGCGCAACUUGUGUGCUACUUGUGGUCUAGACGAAAAGUUCUGUCCCGGUCACCAGGGUCACAUUGAACUGCCCGUUCCCUGCUACAAUCCUCUUUUCUUCAACCAGCUAUACAUCUACCUUCGUAGUGCGUGUCUUUACUGCCACCAUCUGCGUUUGAAGUCGUCCGAAUGCCACCGUUUCGCCUGUAAAUUGAAGCUGCUCCAAUAUGGUCUGAUCGACGAGUCCUAUCAGCUCGACGAUAUCACUGUGGGGUCACUUCAACUGGAAAGCGAUGAGGCCGAAGAAGAAGGUCGCCCUGCCGAUGCAGCCUCCGCCGCUGCAUUGAGAGAACUCAGGAUCAAGCGCAGAGAAUUUGUUGAUCUCAGCAUUGCCACUGCCAUAUCCGAAGGACGUACUUCUGAGUACGGAACUUUUACCGCCACUGUCAAUGACGAGCGCAAAGCUUUGAUCCACGAAUUCCAAAAGAAGAUGCUUUCCAGACCCAAGUGUGACAACUGUGGUAUGUUCUCGCCCAAGUUUAGAAAGGACGGUUUUACCAAGAUUUUCGAAACUGCUUUGACCGAAAAGCAGCAAACAAACAACCGUGUCAAGGGCUUUAUUCGUCAGGAUAUGAUCAAGAAACAACAGCAAUCCAAAAAGCUGGGCAGCUCGGACCAAAUGGAUGUCGACGAAGAUUUUGGCAGCGGCAGAACACCUUCUGCAAGACCUAAGACAGGAUCUACCUACAUCCUGUCCACAGAAGUGAGGAAUAUCUUGAGAAGUGUUUUCAAGAAAGAACAAGAAAUCCUUCAAUACGUGUUCCACUCCAGACCUAACUUGUCUAAGAAACUUGUAAAGGCAGACAUGUUUUUCAUGGAAGUCAUCAUUGUACCACCUACUAGAUUCCGUUUGCCUUCUAAGCUGGGCGAUGAAAUCCAUGAAAACACUCAAAACCAGCUUUUGUCGAAGAUUUUGACCACAUCUUUGCUCAUCAGAGACUUGAACGACGAAAUGUCGAAGCUUCAAAAAGAUAAAGUCUCUGUUGAUGAUAAGAAAGUGAUAUUUAACAGACUAAUGAAUGCCUUCGUUACCAUUCAAAAUGAUGUCAAUGCAUUCAUCGAUUCCACCAAGGCUCAAGGCACACAGGGGAUAGUUCCAAUUCCAGGUGUCAAACAAGCUCUUGAAAAGAAGGAAGGUCUUUUCAGAAAGCAUAUGAUGGGUAAGCGUGUCAACUACGCUGCUCGUUCGGUCAUUUCUCCAGACCCAAACAUUGAAACUAAUGAAAUUGGUGUUCCUCCUGUCUUUGCCACCAAACUAACUUAUCCAGAGCCAGUUACAUCCUACAACAUUGCCGAAUUGAGACAAGCGGUCAUAAACGGUCCAGAUAAAUGGCCAGGUGCUACUCAGAUUCAAAAUGAAGAUGGAUCUCUCGUUUCGUUGAUUGGCAUGACAUUGGAGCAAAGGAAGGCCCUUGCCAACCAGCUGCUAACUCCUUCCAUUCAAAACUCCACUCACUGUUUGAAUAAAAAAGUUUAUCGUCACAUUAAGAACAGAGAUGUUGUUAUCAUGAACCGUCAGCCAACCUUGCAUAAGGCCUCUAUGAUGGGUCACAAAGUCAGAGUUCUUCCUGGCGAAAAAACAUUACGUCUUCACUAUGCCAACACAGGUGCUUACAAUGCCGAUUUUGAUGGUGAUGAAAUGAACAUGCAUUUCCCUCAAAACGAAAAUGCCAGAGCAGAGGCUCUAAACCUGGCGAACACCGACUCUCAAUAUUUAACUCCAACAUCUGGUUCUCCUGUGAGAGGUUUAAUUCAAGAUCACAUUUCUGCUGGUGUUUGGUUAACUAGUAAGGAUAGUUUCUUCACGAGAGAACAAUAUCAACAAUAUAUUUACGGCUGUAUCAGGCCAGAAGAUGGUCAUGCUACGAGAAACAAGCUUGUGACUGUGCCACCUGCUGUCGUGAAACCUGUUCCACUAUGGACAGGUAAGCAAAUAAUUACAACCGUGUUGUUAAACGUGACACCACCUAACAUGCCAGGUAUAAAUUUGACUUCUUCCAAUAAGAUCAAGAAUGAAUACUGGGGUAAGGGUUCUCACGAAAAUGAAGUUAUCUUCAAAAAUGGUGAACUAUUGUGCGGUAUUCUUGAUAAAUCUCAAUACGGUGCCUCUAAGUUUGGUAUCGUUCAUUCGUUACACGAAGUAUACGGACCUGAUGUUGCAGCAAAGGUACUCUCUGUUUUGGGUAGAUUAUUCACAAAUUACAUCACUGCAACUGCUUUUACUUGUGGUAUGGAUGAUCUUCGUUUAACAGACGAUGGUAACAAAUGGAGAACUGAAAUCUUGAAAACAUCAACUGACAUGGGUCGUGUGGCUGCUGCUGAAGUGACUAACUUGGAUGAAAAUGUCAAGGCCAAUGAUCCAGAGCUGUUGAAACGUCUCGAAGAAAUAUUGAGAGACGACAACAAGCUGGGCAUCUUAGACGCGGUUACAUCUUCGAAGGUUAACACAAUUACCUCCCGUGUGGUCUCAAAGUGUGUUCCUGCAGGAACUAUGAAAAAGUUCCCUUACAACUCAAUGCAAGCAAUGGCUCUGUCGGGUGCUAAGGGUUCUAAUGUGAAUGUGUCGCAGAUUAUGUGUUUACUAGGGCAACAAGCUCUUGAAGGUAGAAGAGUACCUGUCAUGGUUAGUGGUAAGACACUUCCUUCUUUCAAGCCUUUUGAGACAGAUGCCAUGGCAGGUGGUUAUAUCAAAGGUCGUUUCUAUUCCGGUAUUAAGCCCCAAGAAUAUUAUUUCCACUGUAUGGCCGGUCGUGAAGGUUUGAUCGAUACUGCAGUGAAGACUUCGAGAUCUGGGUACUUGCAGCGUUGUUUGACUAAACAACUAGAAGGUGUGCAUGUGUCCUACGAUAACUCUGUAAGAGACGCAGAUGGAACGCUGAUCCAAUUUUUGUAUGGUGGUGACGCUGUAGAUGUUACCAAGGAAUCUCACAUGACCGAAUUCAAAUUCUGUGUGGAUAACUACGACGCUCUAUUGAAGAAAUACAAUCCUUCUGCAUUGAUUGAACAUCUAGAUGUAGAGUCUGCGCUAAAGUACUCAAAGAAAGCAUUGAAGUAUAGAAAGAAGAAUGCUAAGAUUCCUCACUAUGCUCAACGCGUCAAGUAUGAUCCUGUUCUUUCGAAGUAUAAUCCUUCGAAAUAUCUAGGCUCAGUCUCAGAAAAGUUUCAAGACAAACUUGAGUCCUACAUCAAUUCAAACACUCAAAUGUUCAAGUCUGGUGAUAGCGUGAGCGAGAAGAAAUUCCGUGCUUUAAUGCAACUAAAGUAUAUGCGGUCUUUGAUUGACGCUGGUGAAUCUGUUGGUAUUAUCGCUUCCCAAUCGGUUGGAGAGCCAUCUACCCAAAUGACUUUGAACACCUUCCAUUUUGCUGGUCACGGUGCUGCCAAUGUGACUUUGGGUAUUCCACGUAUGAGAGAAAUCAUCAUGACCGCUUCUGCUGCUAUCAAAACUCCUCAAAUGACUUUACCUAUUUUAACUGAUGUAACUGACGAACAGGCCGAUACAUUCUGUAAAUCUAUCACUAAGGUGAUGUUAUCUGAAGUGAUUGAUAGAGUGAUAGUGACGGAAUCUACUGGUUCCAGUGAAGGUUCUUCUUCUCGUUCUUAUCUUGUUAAUGUCAGGUUUUUCAAGGAGAGUGAGUAUUCUGAUGAAUACGAUGUCUCAAAGGAUGAGCUGCAGUCUGUUGUAGCUGAGAAAUUCUUGAAUGCAUUAGAGACUUCUAUUGUAAAGGAAUUGAAGAAGCAAAAGAAGACCACUUUGCCUGACAUCGGUGUUGCAGUACCAAAAUCGAAGACUGACGGAGAAAUUGCAGAAAAGACUGAUCUAGGAGACGAAGAUAAUGACGAAGUGGAAUCUAAGAAGAGAUCAAAGCAGGCAGUGUCAUAUGAUGAACCAGAUGACGAAGAGGUUGAAACCAUGAGGGAAGCUGAAAAGUCCUCUGAAGAAGAUCUAGAUUCUGACAUGGAUACCGAUACCUCGGAUUCCGAUGAUGAGUUGGACGAGGCCGAUUCAAAUUCUAACAUAAAGGAAGAAGUAAAGUCUGAGCUGACAAAGGAACAACGUGACCGUCAAUCUGCUGUAAUAUCUUCCCACAGAUUUAUCACGAAGUACAACUUUGAUGACGAGAAUGGUGAAUGGUGUGAAUUCAAGUUAGAAUUGGCAGCUGAUACAGAAAAGUUACUGAUGGUCAACAUUGUUGAGGAUAUUUGUCGCAAGUCUGUGAUUAGAGAAGUUCCUAAAAUUGAUCGUUGUGUUCACCCUGAAGCUGAAAAUGGAAAGCGCAUAUUAAUCACUGAAGGUGUAAACUUCCAAGCUAUGUGGGAUCAAGAUGCUUUCAUCGACGUGAAUGGAAUCACCUCCAAUGAUGUUUACUCUGUGUUGAAAACAUAUGGUGUGGAAGCUGCAAGAAACACAAUUGUCAACGAAAUCAACAAUGUGUUCUCUCGUUAUGCUAUUUCUGUGUCUUUCCGUCACUUGGACUUAAUUGCCGAUAUGAUGACGAGACAGGGUACGUACUUGGCUUUCAACAGACAAGGUAUGGAAUCCUCAACAUCUUCUUUGAUGAAAAUGUCUUACGAAACGACAUGUCAAUUCUUAACUAAGGCUGUAUUAGACAACGAGUGCGAGGAGCUAAACAGUCCUUCUGCAAGAAUUGUUUUAGGUAAGCUGAACAACGUUGGUACUGGCUCUUUCGACGUUUUAGCUAAAGUACCAGUGGCAAACUAA